UAAGAAGAAAAGAAGUGACGCAAUCUGAUGUUCUAUCAACUCAACAGUCAGUCGAUGUGUGUGCGGUUCAGAAACAUAUACAGAGAAACAGAGCAGAUUAAUAAUAAACUCUCCAUCAAUAUGAAGAAGCAUUAUUUAUCGUUGUUACUCUUAUUACUCGUGGAGGGAGUGUGACGAGGAGGAGGGUGUGGUCAGGCCGUGAGGGUGCACGGCUGGCACUGAAUCAGAUGAUCAGCUGGAGCGUGAGAUAAAGGGGAGCCGGAGGUGCCAGUUCGAGAGAGAGACGCACGCUGCAGCGCUGCAUGUGUGUUUAGUGAAGUGAAGAUAUCAGUGAUGGAGGAAGAAUCUGUCACUCUACAGAUUGAUGUUACUGAAAUACAGGGAGCUGAGACGCUGCUGUGGACGUUUAAUGAUUCAAAAAAUUUAAUAGCAAAGAUUGACAGAGAAAAAAAUAAUGAGAUCACAAUACCUGGGAAUGAUGAUGGAAGAUUCAAUAACAGACUGCAGGUGGAUAAGAGUGGAUCUCUCACCAUCACAAACAUCAGAACCGCAGACUCUGGACUUUAUAAACUAGAGAUCAGGAGCAGUCGUGGGAGCUCAUACAAGAGUUUCAGUGUUACUGUCUAUAGUGAGUCUGGUGUUGAGACAGUGUCUGUAAUGGAGGGAGAUUCUGUCACUCUACACACUGAUCUUACUGAAAUACAGAGAGAUGAUGAGAUCCCGUGGAGUUUUUUUAGACCGGAAGAAACUCUCAUAGCAAAAGUCAGUAUAGAGAAUGGUCAAAGGAACAUUACAGUACAAGAUGAUGCUGCUGAUGGGAGAUUCAGAAAGAGAGUGAAUGUGGACAGUGAAACUGGAGAUCUCACCAUCAGAGACUUCAGAAGAAAACACUCUGGACUUUAUCAGCUACAGAUCAUCAGAUCACAGACCAUAUCAAAGAUCUUCAGAGUUACUGUUAGUGAUGUGUCUGAUGUUGAAACAGUUGAACUGAAGUCUGUGUCAGUGAUGGAGGGAGAAUCUGUCACUCUAAACACUGAUCUUACUGAAAUACUGAGAGAUGAGCUGCUACUGUGGAAGUUUAAAACUGAAGGCAUCAUCAUAGCUAAAAUCAACAGAGAGGAAAAUCAGAUCUCAGUAUAUGAUGGUACUGAUGGGAAAUUCAGAGGUAAACUAGAGUUAGACAGUCGGACUGGAUCUCUCAAAAUCAGAGACAUCAGAACUGAACACUCUGGACUUUAUGAACUACAGAUCAGCAGCAUCAGAGGAACCAAACACAAGAGAUUCGAUGUUAAUGUCAGAGAUCCAGGUCUGUCUCCAGGUGCUAUAGCAGGAAUAUGUGUUGGUGUUAUUGUUGGUGUUCUGUUGCUCGUGGCUGCUACUGGUGUGAUUUACAUGAUCUGUAAAAAAAAAAAAAAAGAAAUUGGUAGAGGUUUAGGUGGUUAUGAGGACACACAAGUCCGUCUGAAUGGAGGUUCCUAAACAGCAACAGAAUUUAAUCAGUGUAACAAUAUAAACAUGAGCUGUGUUUGAAAUUAACACUUUAGCACUACUGAGCUGAGAAACUUAACAAGACUGAACAGGUUCAAUUGAUUUGGAAUAAAUUAGAAAAGUUUGUGCUUUCAUUCAUUAUAAAGCUGAUGUAAAACUGCUCAUUGUUAAUUACAAACAUAAUUAAUGCUAACUAAAUAUAUAAGGGAUAGAUUUCAUAAAUAUCGGCCAGUGUCUAUUCCCGUGUAAUGUGAAGUGUUCGAAUCUCUUUUUAUGAAGAUAACUUUCCAUAUAACCCAUUCCGUUUUUAUAUGUUCAGUCAUUCUUUUACAUUUGUUAUUGUUUUGUACUUUGUGCCACAUUUUUGUCCUGUAUUAUUUUAAGUUUUUUAUAUAGUUCUUAAAAUACAGUAUAUCACGCUUCAUAUAUUUUACAGCUUAAUACUUGCCUACCAAAAAAAGAUAACUUUCCAUUCUUUAAAGAUAAGUUUCCAAAUGACCAUUCCAUUUUUAUACUUUUAGUCAUUGUUGCUUUUUAAUUAGUUUUUAAUCAUUUUUAUUUAGGUUUUAACAUAUAUCAUGCUUCAUAUAUUUGUAAGCUUCGUGCUUGCCACUUGAAAAAAGCUAACUUUACAUUUUUGCAGAUGACCAUGAUUCCAUUUUUAUACUUUUAGUCAUUGUUAUGUUUUUAUUUGUGGUUAUUUUGUACAUUGUGCCUCGUUUUUAUACUGUGUGAUUUUAUUCUCUCUUUUUUUAUUUUUCUAUAUUUGUUAGCAUAUAUUGUGCUUUAUAUAUUUUUCAGCCUCAUACGUGCCUGCUGAACAAGAAACUGUUGCAAAUAUGUGAGCGUAUUUUCUGUUAAGUAAAUCUGCCAGUUUGAUCCGAUCAACAUGUGAAUCUGAUGUUUUAAAGUGUCUUGAAAACCAUUUCAGGUCAGUUCUCACCACAGUUUUGAAAAGCUAAAAUUAAUGUGCAGCUGUCCUGUCAUCUGUUAAAAUGUUAGUAUUUCAUGAACUUUUAAAUGUAAGCUGAUAUCAGAGUGACUGAUACUGUGAUAUUGUGUACGGUACAGAUAUCUUACUAUCAUUCUGAUAUUUAAUACUGUAUACGUGAGGAUUCUAGUUCAGAUAUACUGCUGUUAUAUGAUCUCAGUCUGUCAGUAUGAUAGUUCACAUACUCUAUUUGCAUGUCUUAAAGUCUCUAGUACAGUUAAAGCUACAACUUAAGAUCUCACUGUCUGAUUAUGUCUGCUGUCUAGUGGACAAAUGCUGCUUUUGCUCUUGAUUUAACAGGGAGAAUUAAUGUCAUUUAUUUGUCUUUAUAACAAAGACUGUACUAAAAUGUAGUUUAAAGUAUGCUGAUUGUGCAUCGUGCAAAAUAAAAAUGGAUUAAAAAAAUUA